AUGGCCAAUGAAUGGACAUCGUUCCUGGGCUCAAUAGACAACAACGCGCAAGGCUGGUCGAAACUUCAUAAACUAAAUAAAAGACUUCUUCGAAAGCCACCUCCUGUUCACCCACUGCAAGAUCAUGAAGGCAAUCUCCAAUUCGACCCAGAAACAAAUGCCAACAUAUUUUCUCAAUCAAUGGAAGAACAAUUCAAGACUCUAGUUACCUAUUGCUGGGUCGAUGACGUAGUUCACGAUUCUAUAGAACAAUAUGAUGAGGCAAUAAAUAAAAAAUCAAUAUUUUUCUCUCCUGGAGAAGUACACUAA